AAGCAGAAACUAGUGCCCAGAAGAAGAGUGCUCUCCCGGAGUGCCGAUCUGGCCGAAGACUACAGAAUCACCAGCGACAACGUUCUCCACUUGGUCCUUAAGCUCUCCGACCUCAACCUCAUUACUGUCCGCACCACCUGUGGCCAGGAAAUCGAGUUCCUCGUCGACCGGUACCGAAACGUUAUAUCUCUAAAACACCACAUCUUCCAAGAGGGAAAAGGCUUCCCAAGUCAACGAGCAUGA